UUUUCCGGAAGUCUUCAUUCUGCAGCCGGUUGUUUUAUUUCUUUACCGGAUCAUUACCGGGUUUUAACGGUUUUAACGGUUUUAACGGUUUUAACGGUUUUAAACGUGUCGGAUUAAAGUGUGUUGCCACGGUAACCAGGCGGUCUGAUCACCUGAGGGAACACCUGCCGCCACCGGAAACACACGAGGCUUUACGGACUCCGAACUGACCGAAACUCCACCGGGACUCACCUGUCCGGAGUCUCACCUGGUUCACCUGGUCUGGUUUAGCCGCAGAGAGUUCCGGUAGAGGUUAUUAUGGGAUGUUAGUGACCGGAGUUUGGAGCUCGAGCCGUCGGGAUUAUGUCGGUGAACGAGUUGUUCACAAAGUACACCCGGGUCUGGAUCCCCGACCCGGAGGAGGUGUGGAAGGCUGCAGAGAUCAUCAGAGACUAUAAAGAAGGAGAGUCCAUCCUUCACCUCAAGCUAGAGGAUGAGACGCCUCUGGAGUACCCCGUGGGUCCGAAGAGUAACCCUCUUCCUUUCCUGCGUAACCCCGACAUCCUGGUGGGGGAGAAUGACCUCACGGCGCUCAGCUACCUGCAUGAACCCGCCGUCCUGCACAACCUCAAGGUCCGCUUCCUGGAGCCCAACCACAUCUACACGUACUGCGGGAUCGUGCUGGUGGCCAUCAACCCGUACGACCAGCUGCAGAUCUACGGCGAGGAGGUGAUCCGGGCCUACAGCGGUCAGAACAUGGGCGACAUGGACCCUCAUAUCUUUGCUGUGGCUGAGGAGGCGUACAAGCAGAUGGCCAGAGACGAGAGGAAUCAGUCCAUCAUCGUGAGCGGAGAAUCCGGAGCAGGGAAGACGGUUUCUGCGAAGUACGCCAUGCGUUUCUUCGCCACGGUGGGCGGCUCGGCUAACGACACUAACGUGGAGGAGAAGGUGCUCGCCUCCAGCCCCAUCAUGGAGGCUAUCGGAAACGCUAAAACCACUCGGAACGACAACAGCAGUCGCUUUGGGAAGUACAUCCAGAUCGGCUUCAGCCGCCAUUACAACAUCAUCGGAGCCAACAUGAGGACCUACCUGCUGGAGAAGUCCAGGGUGGUGUUCCAGGCUGAAGAUGAGAGAAACUAUCACAUCUUCUACCAGCUGUGUGCCUCCUCCAGUCUCCCAGAGUUCAGAGACCUCAGCCUCACCACCGCCGAAGAUUUCACCUUCACGUCUCUGGGGGAGAACAUCUUCAUCGAGGGCGUGAACGACGCUGACGACCUGAAGAAGACCAAAGAGGCCUUCACGCUGCUGGGGAUAAAGGAAGGCAGUCAGAGCAGCAUCUUUAAAGUCGUUGCCUCCAUCCUCCAUCUGGGAAACAUCGAGAUCUGCUCGGAGCGAGACGGAGAGUCCUGUCACGUCUCGGGAGACGACCUCCACCUGCAGCACUUCUGCAGGCUGCUGGGGGUGGAGCUGCAGCAGAUGGAGCACUGGCUCUGUCACAGGAAGCUGGUCACGGCGUCCGAGACCUACGUGAAGAACAUGUCCAGCAAGCAGGCGGAAAACGCCCGCGACGCCCUCGCCAAACACAUCUACGCUCGCAUGUUCGACUGGAUCGUGGAGCACAUUAACAAGGCCCUGCACACCUCCGCCAAACAGCACUCCUUCAUCGGAGUCCUGGACAUCUACGGCUUCGAGACGUUCGACAUCAACAGUUUUGAGCAGUUCUGCAUCAACUACGCCAACGAGAAACUCCAGCAGCAGUUCAACUCUCAUGUGUUCAAGCUGGAGCAGGAGGAGUACAUGAAGGAGCAGAUCCCCUGGACUCUGAUCGACUUCUACGAUAACCAGCCCUGCAUCGACCUGAUCGAGGCUCGACUCGGCAUCCUGGACCUGCUGGACGAGGAGUGUAAGGUGCCGAAGGGGACGGACCAGAACUGGGCCCAGAAGCUCUACAAGCAGCACUCCAGCAGCGCUCACUUCCAGAAACCUCGUAUGUCCAACAUCUCCUUCAUCAUCCUGCACUUCGCUGACGAGGUGGAGUAUCAGUGUGACGGCUUUCUGGAGAAGAACAGAGACACCGUCUACGAGGAGCAGAUCAACAUCCUGAAGGCCAGUCAGUUUCAGCUGGUCGCUGAUCUGUUUCAUGAGAAGGACGCCGUCGCCCCCCCGAAGUCCUCCAGAGUGAACGUCAGACCCGCCAAGUCCACUCCCAGAGCCCCCAACAAGGAGCACCGCAAGACCGUGGGACACCAGUUCCGCAGCUCUCUCCACCUCCUGAUGGAGACUCUGAACGCUACGACUCCUCACUACGUCCGCUGCAUCAAACCCAACGACUACAAGGAGGCCUUCUCGUUCGACUCCAGGAGAGCAGUUCAGCAGCUCAGAGCCUGCGGAGUCCUGGAGACCAUCCGGAUCAGUGCAGCCGGGUACCCGUCCAGGUGGACGUACCCAGAUUUCUUCAGCAGGUAUCGAGUUCUGCUGAAGAAGUCCGACAUGAUGUUAGCGGACAAGAAGCUGGUGUGUAAGAAGCUGCUGGAGACGCUGAUCAAGGAGUCGGACAUGUUCCAGUUCGGUAAGACGAAGAUCUUCUUCAGGGCGGGGCAGGUGGCGUACCUGGAGAAGCUCCGGGCCGACAAGUUCCGCUCGGCCUGCAUCAAGAUCCAGAAGACGGUCCGAGGUUGGCUGCAGAGAGUUCGGUACCGCAAGAUCCGCAAGUCGGCCAUCACUCUGCAGAGAUACGGCCGAGGAUACCUGGCCCGCAGAUAUGCCGACUUCCUGCGUCAGACUCGAGCUGCCGUCAUCUGUCAGAAACAGUACCGCAUGGUGAGAGAUCGACGGGCCUUCCUGAGGGUGAGACAGGCUGUGGUCACCAUCCAGGCCUACACCAGAGGGAUGUACACCCGCCGCAUCUACUGGGAGUUCCUCCUGCACCACAAGGCCAUGAUCAUCCAGAAGUACGUCCGCCGCUGGCUGCAGAGGAUGAAGUUCAGACGAGCGCGCGACGCCGCCGUCACCAUCCAGUGUGCGUUCAGACGCGUGCGAGCGAAGCGACGGCUGCAACAGCUGAAGAUCGAAGCUCGCUCCGCCCAACACCUGAAGAAGCUCAACACCGGCAUGGAGAACAAGAUCGUCCAGCUGCAGAGGAAGAUGGACGACCAGUCCAAGGGGCUGAGGACUCAGAACGAGCAGCUGGUGCUGGUGAACACCGGUCUGGGGUCAGAGGUCAACAAGCUGCAGAAACAGCUGGAGCUGGUCCGGAGUCAGCAGGGAGGAGGAGGACAGCUGUCCUCCCUGCAGGACGAGCUGGUGACACUCAGAGACCAGCUGCAGGAGGCGUCCGUCAACAGGAAGAGGCUGGAGGACGAGCACGGCACCGAGAAGAUGGACCUCAGACAGAGGGUGGAGGAGCUGGAGACGGAGAACGCUCUGCUGAAGAAAGACAAAGAAGAGAUGAACCAGAAGAUCCUCCAGCUGUCAAAGAGCUCCGGAGACGACAGCAGGGUGUCUCAGAGGGAGACGUCUCUGCAGAAGGAGAUGGACGAUGAGAGGCAGCGGUACCAGAACCUCCUCAAAGAGUUCUCCAGACUGGAGCAGAGAUACGACAACCUGAAGGAGGAGGUGUCUCUGAGCAAGUUCCAGCCGGGCCACAAGAGGAACCCGUCCAAUCAGAGCAGCCUGGAGUCGGACUCUAACUACACGUCCAUCUCCACCUCUGAGGUCGGAGACACCGAGGACGCCAUCCAGCUGGUGGAGGACAUGGGAGUGGAGAAGGCUGCGAUGGACAUUAGUCUGUUCGUGAAGCUGCAGAAGAGAGUCCGAGAGCUGGAGCAGGAGAGGAAGAGACUGCAGGUCAACCUGGACAAGAUGGAGGAGCUCUCCAAGCGCAGGGGAUCCAAGAGUUCCACCUCCGAGCAGGAGAACGCUGAUCUGGCCUACAACACCCUCAAGAGAGAGGAGCUGGAAUCAGAGAACAAGAAACUGAAGAACGACCUGAACGAGGUGAGGAAGACCAUCGCCGAGCGGGCGUCUCAGAACAACUCGUCCAACGAGCUGCAGGACGGCUACAACCUGCUGCUGAGUCAGCUCAAAUCAGCCAAUGAGGAGCUGGACGCCCGCAAGGAGGAAGUCCUCAUUCUGAGGACGCAGAUCGUCAGCGACGCCCAGCUACGGGAGAAGAACGACCACAUCCAGGAAAGUAAUAAAGUUGCUGAACUGAACAACAGCAAAGAGCCGGUGGACAAAGAGGAAGCUCUGGAGGCGUAUCACGGCCUGUGUGAGUCCAAGAAGCUGCUGGAGGCUCAGCUGCAGACUCAGUCCAGGCAGCACAACGACGAGCUGGAAGCUCUUCACACUCAGAUCGAGCUGCUGAGAGACGACAUCGAGAAGAAGCAGGAGAUCCUCAACUACACCGCCUCGCUGUCUCCGGAGGCGCUGGUGGAGUACAGCGUCCAGCAGGAGAUCACACGACUCACCAACGACAACCUGGACCUCAAGGAGCUGGUGGAGAAACUGGAGAAGAACGAGAGGAAGCUGAAGAAGCAGCUCAGAAUCUACAUGAAGAAAGUCCAGGAGUUAGAAGUGUCUCAGGCUGCAGUUCAGAGCAGCAGGUCCAGACCGGAGCUGCUGCGUCAGGUGACCGUCCAGAGGAAGGAGAAGGACUUUGAGGGGAUGCUGGAGUACUACAAGGAGGACGAGGUCCUGCUGCUGAAGACACUGAUCACAGACAUCCGUCCCAACACGGUGUCGUCUACAGUCCCCUGUCUGCCAGCUUACAUCCUCUUCAUGUGCAUCCGCCACGCCGACUACGUCAACGACGACCAGAAGGUGGAGUCUCUGCUCACCUCCACCAUCAACGCCAUCAAGAAGGUCCUCAAGAAAAACAACGAAGACUUUGAGAUGACGUCCUUCUGGUUGGCCAACACCAGCCGGCUGCUUCACUGUCUGAAGCAGUACAGCGGAGACGAGGUGUUUAUGACGCAGAACUCGGGCAAACAGAACGAACACUGUCUGAAGAACUUCGACCUGGCCGAGUACCGACAGGUGCUGAGUGACCUGUCCAUCCAGAUCUAUCAGCAGCUCAUUAAGGUGGCAGAAGGCAUCAUCCAGCCCAUGAUCGUGUCGGCCAUGUUGGAGAGCGAGAGCAUCCCCAGCCUGGCGGGGGUGAAGCCGAUGGGCUACAGGAACCGUUCGUCCAGCAUGGACACGGACGCCGGCGGCCCCAGCAGCUACACCCUGGAGGCCCUGAUCAGGCAGCUGGGACAGUUUCACGGCACCAUGCGGGACCACGGUCUGGACCCGGAGAUCGUGGGUCAGGUGGUUCGACAGCUCUUCCACUGCAUCGACGCCAUCACCCUCAACAACCUGCUGCUGCGCAAAGACGUGUGCUCCUGGAGCACCGGCAUGCAGCUCAGGUACAACACCAGUCAGAUGGAGGAGUGGCUGAGAGGGAACAACCUGUACCAGAGUAACGCUGCAGCCACUCUGGAGCCGAUCAUCCAGGCCGCUCAGCUGCUGCAGGUCAAGAAGAAGACGACUCAGGACGCCGAGGCCAUCUGCUCGCUGUGCACCGCCCUCUCCACGCAGCAGAUCGUGAAGAUCCUGAACCUCUACACUCCUCUGAACGAGUUUGAAGAGAGAGUCACCGUGUCCUUCAUCAGGAACAUCCAGAAUCGUCCUCAGCAGAGGACCGAUGCUCCUCAGCUCCUGAUGGACACCAAGCACGUGUUCCCCGUCCUCUUCCCGUACACGCCGUCAGCCCUCAGCCUGGAGACGCUGCACAUCCCUGCCUCCCUGGGCCUCGACUUCCUCAUCAGGGUCUGAAGGUCCCUGAAGGUCCCACAGCAGACCUGCUGUUAGUCCAGGACCAGGACACACUGACCCCACAUCACCUUUAGUCCAGGACCGACUGACGUAAGAGACAGAAUGAACAGAAGUGAACGGGAAACAGGAGACAGGAGAGAGUCCAGCAGGAUGAAGAAGGUCAGUGAGAAGUUUGAGGAAAGCUCAGGAAGGACGGAGAGACAGAGUGGUAAUGCUUUACAUGGUUAUCUGUGUAAGGAGACGUCUUUACAUCUAACAAACACUACGAGACCGCUCACAUGCAGGACACUGACAGUUACAUCCUUUAUUCACUCGUUGUCUCAGAGACUCCUUUCUCUCCGUGUCGGGGUGGAAACUGAAUAAACGAAGCGUGUGAAGUGGAGGAAGUGGUCCAGUCGGUUUUACAGGAACACGUUCUAUCAGUCUGGAUCAUUAAAGCUCACUCUGACACCUUUAAUCAAUCAGAAGUGAUCAAUACUCUAUUGAUCUCUAUCGUCUCUAUUGAUAAUCAGCUGGAUACGAAGCGGCACGGCACGCCUAGGAGUUGUUGAGAUAUAUAUAUAUAUAUAUAUUUAAAA